CAGUGUGUGGCACCUCCUCUGCUGGUGGUGGGUCCCCCCUGUGGUGCACACAAGCUCCCUCUGCCUGUACUAGUGUGUGCACUCCAGCUCUGCUCAGUCUGUCUCUUCUGUGCUGCUCAGGUCUCCCUCUGUCUCUUCCUCUUCAGAUCUCUCUCUCUCUCUCUGCCUUCCACACACAGUCAUUUCUCUCCCACCCCUGACCCAGUAAUACAAGCUCUGGAAAGCGCAGAGCACACUGAUCGAGGGAAGAAGAAGAAGAAGAAGCAGCAGCAGCAGUGAUCCAGGGAAGGAGGCAAUUCCAGGACCCCCUACUUCAGCAUGACGGAAGUGAUGAAUACGUGUGAACCUGGGAUGGAAGAAUUUUUGCUUAGUGCAACGGCUGGGGCAGAAGGACAUGCUGUUCAGAUCUUUCCAGACUCCCAUGAUAAGCACCCUAAGCUGACAAAGCGGUUACCAUCGAUAGUAGUGGAGCCCACAGAAUCUGGGGACGUAGAGAGUGGAGAACUACGCUGGCCUCCAGAGGACAUCUCACCCACGGAUGACAAACGGGAGGCAAAGUCAUGCCAAGGACAUUCAGAUCUUGAAGGUGCUUCACGUUCAGGAGGGGAACAUUACGCCGGAUGCAGAGCGGGGGGGAACGGCGCUAAUUAAAAGCCUUAAAUAUCGUG